CAAAUCUCGAAAUACUUUUAAGUUUAUAUUACAUUUAAUUUAAACAUUUAUAUUCACAGAAAUGGAUGUACAAAGGCAUUCUGUACAUACUCUUGUAUUUCGUUCUUUAAAAAGGACACAUGAUAUGUUUUUAUUAAAUCAAGGUAAUUUACCACCUGUGGAUCCUAAUUUACAAAAAAUGAAAAAAUCUGUAAAAGCAAAAGAUUCUUAUGGCCCUGUACUAGAGCGUGUCAAGAAUAACAAUAUAAUAAAAACACAAAAUGAAAAUGAAAAUAUGGAUCCUCCUCCACCAGGAGAUGAAUCUUUUGGAGGAAAUAAUAAUGGUGCAGUUGUACCUUAUAAUCCUACACAAAACAAUAGUAUAGUGGUAACCAGUCAAGCAAAUUCAGGAGGAAAUGCGCUUAAUAUUGCAUUACUUAUACCACAAAAGAAAACACCAUCUAUGGCAAAACCAAAGUGGCAUGCACCAUGGAAAUUGUAUAGAGUUAUUAGUGGCCAUCUUGGUUGGGUAAGAUGUUGUGCUGUUGAACCAGGAAAUGAGUGGUUUGCUACAGGUUCAGCAUCAGCAGAUAGAGUAAUUAAAAUAUGGGAUCUUGCAAGUGGUAAAUUGAAAGUUUCUUUAACUGGUCACAUAAGUAGUGUUCGUGGACUUGCAUUUUCUCAAAGGCAUCCAUAUCUAUUUUCUUGUGGAGAAGAUCGACAAGUAAAAUGUUGGGACCUUGAGUACAACAAGGUUAUAAGACAUUACCAUGGUCAUUUAUCAGCUGUUUAUUCCAUGGCAUUACAUCCUAGUAUUGAUGUAUUAGUAACUGCAGGUAGAGAUUCUACUGCAAGGGUAUGGGAUAUGCGGACUAAAGCAAAUGUACAUACACUAGUUGGUCAUACUAACACAGUUGCUAGUGUAAUUUGUCAAACAGCUGAACCACAGAUAAUUACUGGAAGUCAUGACUGUACUAUACGAUUAUGGGAUUUAGCUGCUGGAAAAUCUAAAGCUACCUUAACAAAUCAUAAAAAGAGUGUAAGAGCUGUAACUUUUCAUCCAUCAUUAUAUAUGUUUGCAUCUGCAUCUCCAGAUAAUAUUAAACAAUGGAAAUGCCCAGAAGGAAAAUUUAUUCAAAAUUUAUCUGGACAUAACGCCAUAGUUAAUUGCCUGGCUGUUAAUCCUGAUGGUGUGUUAGUUUCUGGAGCAGAUAAUGGUACCAUGCAUCUUUGGGAUUGGAGAACAGGAUAUAAUUUUCAACGUUUACAAGCACCUGUACAACCAGGUUCAAUGGAUAGUGAAGCUGGAGUAUUUAGUAUUACAUUUGACAUGUCUGGUACUCGCAUGAUUACAACAGAAGCAGACAAAACAAUCAAAAUUUAUAAAGAAGAUGAUACUGCUACUGAAGAAACACAUCCUGUGAAUUGGAGACCAGAUAUAAUAAAGAGAAGAAAAUAUUAAGCGUUUUU